AUGCUGUCGAAAUACCUACUGAAGGGCUGUGGCCUCCUCUAUGGCCUGUUCAGCUAUGCUGCUUUCCUCAUCCUGGCGGUAAAGGAAGGAUCAAUCUUCCGUCGGACGUCAGAAAAAGCGAAGAAGGAGCUCUCCACUGCUCGACACAAGUUUUGGGACCUCACAGAAAAUCCGUAUGGCCUUAAACAUGACUUCUUCAUCCUGUCGAGCGGCGUCAAGCUCCACUAUGUCACAACCGGACCACCUGCAGGCCGACCUGGGCAACCGACGAACCUCGUCAUCUUCCUCCAUGGCUUCCCGGACAGUUGGGUCCUCUGGCAGAAUCUCUUGCGCUCAAAGAGACUGGCUCAGAACGCCGUCCUUGCAGCUUUGGACCUUCCGGGAUACGGCGGCAGCGAUGGACUUCCGCAAUACGAUGCCACAACCGUCCUGGAGACCAUCACUGCCUUCAUCCUUUGCAUGAGGGAGGAGUACACCGGUGAGGCCCAGGGCAGCCCGACAGAACGAGGCAAGGUCAUCAUCGUCUCCCAUGACUGGGGCGCAGCAAUCGCUUUUCGACUCGCUGCUGAGGCCCCUCAACUAGCUGAUCGGUUCAUCACCAGUAGCGUCUUUCUGCCCACCCUCCUCCUCGCAAACAUCCAAGGCCGCUGGAACUCCGCCAUGCAGAUGCUAAAAUCUGGAGCCGGCCAACCCCGUUCCCUCAGACUGAUCCGCACCGCCGCAUCAACUCUUUCCCCAGUGUUCACUCAGCUCAAAAAGUCCGGUUACGUCUUCAUCUUCCUUCUCCCCGCCCCGCUCGCGAACGCAUUCGGCUCCUUCGGCAACUACUACGUUCUCCGCCUGCUGCACCAGAUCGCAGCCAAGUCGAAGCAUCCCCUCGAAGGCACCGAAUUGGCGGAAGCCAUGGCGCAGUCUCUGGGUCCGAGUGCCGAGCAGUGUGCAGGCGAUGGCUAUUCCGAGCAUGUCAGACGCCGCGCACCGUCCGGCGGCUGGUCGGAGAAGAUCCGUUACUACCGCGAGGGCGCCGCCACUGGAUCGUGGGACAAGUCCAUCGAGACGGUGGUAUCAGUGAGCAACCUCGAGCGGGCCGGUGGGCGUAGACGGUCCAGUAGCGGUGCUGGACUCUUCGAAGACGGGCCCAGAGGCGCACUCAAAGCGAAAGUGACGUUUGUGGUGGGGUUGAAAGACGUCGCUGUUGAUCCAACGCUGGCGUUUGAGGGCAUUGGUGAUUACUUCGGCAGAGAGAGCCAGAUGGUCACGCUGCCUGAGGCGGGACACUGGACGCCGAGCGAGAAGGAGGGAGCGGCGGUGUUGGAGGAGGUCACGGCUUGGGCGCUGGAGGGAGAACAUGGUACUGUGCGCGAGAGACUGCAGAAGUUCCCGGGGGCCAAAGUCACGGUUGAGCGCUGA